AUGGAAGAAAAAAACUGGACAAGAGGACCAAUCAUAGGCCGAGGCUCAACCGCCACUGUCUCACUAGCGAUCGAAAAUUCCGGUGAAUUCUUCGCCGUCAAAUCCGCCGAGUUUUCUUCGUCGGCGAGUUUGCAGAGAGAGCAAUCGGUUUUGUCGAAUUUGAGCUCUCCUUACGUAGUCAAGUACAUUGGCUCUGGUUUAACGACGGAGAACGACACGCUGAUGUACAAUCUCCUGAUGGAGUAUGUUUCCGGCGGGAGUAUUCACGAUAUGAUCAAAAACUCUGGCGGGAAGUUGCCGGAGCCGGCGAUCAGAUCCUACACGCGUCAGAUACUGAAAGGUUUGACGUAUCUCCACGAUCGAGGGAUUGUUCACUGCGAUGUGAAGAGCCAGAAUGUGAUGAUCGGAGAGGUUGCGAAGAUCGCCGAUUUGGGUUGUGCUAAAACGGUGGAGAAGAACGGGAAUUUGGAAUUUUCCGGUACACCGGCGUUCAUGUCGCCGGAGGUAGCAAGAGGAGAAGAGCAGAGUUUUCCGGCUGAUGUGUGGGCUUUGGGGUGUACGGUGAUAGAGAUGGCUACUGGGUUAAGUCCUUGGCCGGAGCUAAACGACGUCGUCGCUGCGAUUUACAAGAUUGGUUUCACCGGUGAGUCGCCGGAGAUUCCGGAGUGGUUAUCGGAGAAAGGUAGAGACUUUUUGAGGAAAUGUUUGAGAAAAGAUCCGAAACAGAGGUGGGCUGUUGAAGAAUUGCUUCAACACCCAUUUCUCGACGAUGACGAAGACGACGAGGACGAUUCUCAAAUUCAAUCUCGUAAAUGUCUGAAUUCUUCUUCUCCUAGUACUGUGUUGGAUCAAGGUUUCUGGAAUUUAUGCGAAACCUCGACAAGUCGUGUAAUUGAAGAGGAUCAUGAAAACCCAUUUGCAAAUUCGUCAAAUUUAUGGGAAUCUUCGCCGGCUGAUCGGAUCAAGAAACUCGCCGGAGAUGAGAAUUCCGGCGAACCAGAGUGGAUUACGGCGGAGGAGGAGGAGGGGGAAUGGGUUGAAGUUAGGGGUAACGAAACCGGAGAGAUAGAGAAACGUGACGAAGAAGACGAAGAUGCGAAUUGCGUUGAAGCAACGUCAUGGGAGGAGGAAGAAGAAGUGGGAGGAUUUGAGAAUUGGAUCUUGGAUCAAGAAUACAGUUUCUUCUUGGAAUAUUCUUCCACUGAGAACAAUAUUAAUUACUUUUACUCUACAGCUAAUAACCUCCUUCAAGAGGAUAUAAUUCUUUAUUAUGAUCAUCUUCAAGAUGCUUGUUUGACCAAAGUAGACGAUUAUGUCAUCAGUUGUGACUUGUCAUUUGUUGCGUACUUUUAUUACCACAUUGAGCUCUCCUUAACAUAG